UGUCGCCGCCGCCGGUUGCGCGCGCGAUGUGUGACCGGUUGGCCGCACGUCCGGAAGGCCUGGAGCCGCCCUCGGCGGUGGCCAGGUCCAUGCCAUCGUCGCCCAACACCUACCGAUCCGCCGUGGCCGUUGGCCAGCUGCAGCAGCUCCAGCAACAGCAGCAGCCACUGGAGAAGACGUCGUCCGUACCGGAUCUGGUCGUCCAAAAGCGGGACGGUGACGUGCCCGAACAGACACCAGCGUCCUGUGCCGAUUCCAAAUCGGACGGUUGCCUCACCGAAUCCGGACGGCCGCCCGUCACCAGCCUCAGCGGGACGUUUUUCACUACGCCCAAGACUGAUGACAAGAAUCUAGAUGGGCAGAAGGAUCAGCAGUAUAAUAGUAAUAUUAUAAACGGUAUGACAAUGGCGACCGAUUGCACUAGAGACAUGCACCAGGAUGGAUUGAUUUUACCGCGGAAGACGGUCAACCCGUGUUUGACCUCUGCCGAGCACCAGAACCUGCACAGAGAACUAUUGUUCAACCAGAAAAUUGGCAAAAGUGUACUGGGACAAAAGUCAGAGCUGCAGAAAGCUUUGGAAAAACACAAGCGAGCGCAAACCCAAAAAGAAUUGGAACAACAGAAAAAUUCGUGCCGUACCUCGUUUGAACGGAUGAUCGAAGAACGGGCCAAAAAAAUCGAAUCGCAAAUGGAAAAAAUGGACGUUAAAGAUAAAGACGAGGACAAACCGGAGUUUCUGCAAGUGCACGCUAAGCUACGCGCCAAAAUGGCCAAAACAGACUAAAUCAUUAAAUCACUGCGAAAAUACCAUUGCCUUUCACGAGGAAUGAUAAAACAAUUUUACACAAAAAGUGUUCAUUGAUUGUGUACAUUUUAUUUUUUCGAAGAAAACAAAAAUAUAUUAUAUAUAUAAAAAAACUAUUAUUAAAAUUAUAUUAUUCAGUGUACAUUUGAGUUUUUAGGAUUAUUAUUUUUAUUUUAUUUGUAAGCAUUAACUAUUUUUGAUUAUGAAAAAAUAAAUUUAUUAUAUUAUUA